GCAGCUCCUGGUCCUCCCCCAGGUCAAGCAAGGGUGGAGAAGGAGUGGGCCGCGGUCAGUUAGCUCUCCCUGGUCAGAGACUUUAGUUAAGCAACUUGUCCAGCGUCGUAAACAUAACUAGUAGCGGAACUAAAACCGUGCAGUGGUGGCGCAGGCAUAAAAUCCCAGCAUUCGGGAAGCAGAGGUAGGCGGAUCUACGAGUUCGAGGACAGCCAGGGCGACACAUGUACACGGCUAUUUUGCUAUUCUUUUACUACACUUAAAAAAAAAGUAUAAAAGUUGGUACAAGUCAAGAUAAAGUAGAAAAAAGGCAAAAGGCUCAUCAUGGCUUCCAGCCACACCGUGUUGAUGCGACUGGUAGCCUCAGCGUAUUCUAUUGCUCAGAAGGCAGGAAGCAUAGUCAGGUGUGUCAUUGCUGAAGGAGACCUGGGCAUCGUGCAGAAGACCUCAGCCACAGACCUGCAGACCAAAGCCGACCGCUUGGUCCAGAUGAGCAUAUGCUCUUCCCUGGCACGGAAGUUCCCUAAGCUGACAAUUAUAGGGGAGGAGGAUCUGCCUCCCGGAGAAGUGGAUCAAGAGCUGAUUGAAGACGGGCAGUGGGAGGAAAUCCUGAAGCAGCCGUGUCCAUCGCAGUACAGAGCUAUCAAAGAGGAAGACCUUGUGGUCUGGGUUGAUCCCUUAGACGGCACCAAGGAAUACACUGAAGGUCUUCUUGACAAUGUAACGGUUCUUAUUGGGAUUGCUUACGAAGGAAAGGCCAUUGCAGGCAUCAUCAACCAGCCAUAUUACAACUACCAGAGCAAUGAAAAGGAGAAGUUGAGGGAGCAGAGGAAUGAAGUGAAGGCAGGCCCUGACGCUGUGCUGGGCAGGACCAUCUGGGGAGUCCUGGGUUUAGGUGCUUUUGGGUUUCAGCUGAAAGAAGUGCCCGCCGGGAAGCAUAUCAUCACGACCACCAGGUCCCAUAACAACAAGCUGGUCACAGACUGCAUUGCGGCCAUGAACCCUGACAACGUACUGCGCGUGGGGGGAGCAGGGAACAAGGUCAUCCAGCUGAUCGAAGGCAAAGCCUCUGCUUAUGUAUUCGCAAGUCCUGGCUGUAAGAAGUGGGAUACUUGUGCCCCGGAAGUUAUCCUUCAUGCUGUGGGAGGGAAGCUGACGGACAUCCACGGGAACGCCCUCCAGUACGACAAGGAGGUGAAACACAUGAACUCCGCAGGAGUCCUGGCCACGCUGAGGAAUUACGAGUACUAUGCAAGCCGGGUGCCAGAGUCUGUCAAAAACGCGCUCACUCCCUAAAGGGCUGUUUCACGCACCCGCCCAUCCCGAGGACUUGGUUCUCACGGCCUCUUAUAACUGAUUGAACAAUCAGAGUUCAGCUGCACUCAUCAGUGACCAGUGAUUUAGUGAUCAGUAGUUAGGGAUAGAAGACGGGAUUCAAGAAUUUCACCUAUGUAGUCUAAUACUCUCAUGCCUUAGGCAUAUGAUACAUUUUAUUUUUCAUUUCUCCUCCCUAAAAACAAUUAGCCAGGUGUGGUGGCAGUGUGGUGGUUAUUGCUAUUCCAGUGCUUGAGCCCAGGGCCUCAAGACCAGCCUCCACUACAGAGCAAGGCACUGCCUAACAACAGAGAAGAAGAAACAAAAGGAAUUUAGUUUUAUUAGCUAGCUAACCAGACCAAUUGUGUUGACAUCUGGAUAAUUUUUAAUUCAGUGUCUUAAGUGGUCUUGGUGUUUUUGUUUGUUUUGGUUUUUUUGUUUUUGUUAUUGUGUCUUUAUUUUUGUUUUUUGU